UAACACAUCUGAACUUUUGAAGACAUAGCACUGGGUUCGAUUCCGAGCCGAGUCAAAUGAAUACACCCACACACUUAUGAAGACUACAAUGAUAUUACUCGUGAUUUUUCCAGGUAAAAAGUACUCAGCCUGCUUUACAUGCGCAGUACGAUUCCGCUAUUUAAUCCUGUUGGAUUUCAAUAUGAAGUUUGUGACGCGUCAAACUCAUUUUGCAUCGAUCGCUAAUGUUUCGCUAUAACUCUGACAUUGCGUCCUGCUCCGUCCAAAAUCUUAAUCCCGUGUGCAUUAUCCUUGCGUGAAAUAGUUGAGACCUCUCUGUAGAACUCUCUUGGACGAGUCUGACGCAUUUGGGAAAGAACAUUCCCCAAUAUUAUCUGGAAUAUGCGCGAUAGAGAAUCAACUUCAAACAUGUCCUGUGCUAUCGCCAUUUUGAAAGCUUGUGGGACAUGGCUAAGGGGGCGGAGCUUAAGAUCACCAUUGGAAAGGUCCAUUGCUGGCAACCAGUUCAGGGUGUACCCAGCCUCCUGCCCGAUGACAGUUGGGGUUGGUUCCAUCACUCCCGCGACCCCCGUGAGAAUAAGAAAAAUGGAUGGAUGGAUUCCACCAUACCUCUCAUUGCACUAUGUUAAACGGUUAAAAUGAAAACUGUGAAUUAACUUUACUGUUUAAAACAAACGUGGGUGGGGGAAUUGCUGAGUUAGGAGAGGGGCAAUCAGGGCCAGCAAAUGGAGAAGUUCUUUUGUUUGCUGCCAUCUUGUGAUAGGUUAAACGGUUUAAAAAAAAAAAAACCAACAAUAGAGAUCCGGCACCAGAAUUCUACUCCCAGCGAUGCCAAGCACAGUGUUGUGUGGUGGAGGCCGGCUGGUCCGUUGUCAGACCCUUGGUCGGCAAAUGUUAGUUGCUCUGAAGGGCCUAGGACUGUGUGGCCCGAUGAGAACAUGGGACCGUUCGGACCUCAGGAUCAAAGGUUCCAGUUACCAGGUAACGUUGGAUUUGGCAGCCAUCUGGACGGCGUGGAAGAAAAAAAAUCUCCAGUCAACAGGACUGUGCCUGAUGUACUAACGGCCCCGUGCAGUGCCGAGAGACAACAGUUCGUCCUAGCCCAGUUUGUCAAUGAGUUUCAGGGAAAACUGGGCCCCAUAUCCAAACGAGUUCACAAAGCUGAGCAAUACUUUAAUCAAACAUACACUGAUUGCUCCAUAAGUUCCUGUCCUGAGCUGUUAAGGAAAGAUUUGGAGCUCUUGUUCCCGACAGUGCCCAACACUUCCAUCACAGUUGUGACGGUCUCGCCGAGAAGCGGACGCUGCAAGGAGGCAGACCCGGACAGAGAGCAGCUACUAAGCCAAUUUGUGAGUGGUGCAAAGGAGAUGUGUUUCGCUCUGUGGACUGCAGGCUACUGGGCUGACUUUAUCGAUCCGACAACGGGAGAAGCUUUCUUUGCGUCCCCGCUUAGUUCGAGUACAGAACAAACAGGGGAGCAGCCACGGCAUUCUGGCUUCUGUAUCGAGACGUCGGGCUCCUGCACGGUUAUCCGACAUAUUCUGAGAGGAACGCCUCUGUUUGUGGGGACGGUUUUCACCAACGCACCGACCCAUAGCGGUGUCAUCACGAGACUGCAAGGACUCUCACAUGAAUUGGAUGACGAGGUUGAAUAGUUUUCAUGGUGCUCCAACCCAAUCCAAUGUUGGGGAAAGGCCUUGCCCUAAAUCGCGAGUGUGGUUUUUAUUUGUCUUUGUAAACUGAGCGUACCACACUGCACCCGAACACGUGGACAAGACGUACCAAUGUGCUGGCCCUGGAACCACCUUGCACUGCAUCCUCCCACCUGCACUGUGGCUGCUUGCUUGCCUGGUUUGAGGAGUCAUCAUCAGGGGAUUUUAGCAGGCAGGCUGUCACUUCUCGAGGUUAGAUUCAGCUCUAAUUGUGACCAGUUUUCAAAAUGUGAUCUCACAAAGUAUUCAUGGAUCUAGUUGCUGAACCAAUAAAGUGACCUCUCCAUGGGCUGGACUGAUAAACA